AUGAGAAGAAUUAUUUAUUGCAAAGUGGUGCUGGCCACAUCUCUGGUGUGGGUUUUUGUGGAUGUCUUUUUACUAUUAUACUUCAGCGAAUGCAAUAAAUGUGAUGACAGGAAAGACAGAUCACUGCUGCCAGCUCUAAGGGCUGUUAUUUCUAGAAGUCAAGAAGGUCCUGGAGAACAAGGAAAAGCAGUUCUUAUUCCUAAAGAUGAGCAAGAUAAAAUGAAGGAACUCUUUAAAAUUAACCAAUUUAACCUCAUGGCCAGUGAUCUAAUUGCUUUAAACAGAAGCCUUCCAGACGUGAGGUUAGAAGGAUGUAAAACUAAGGUUUAUCCAGAUGAGCUUCCCAACACAAGCAUAGUUAUAGUAUUCCACAAUGAGGCUUGGAGCACCCUUCUAAGAACUGUUCAUAGUGUAAUAAACCGAUCACCCCAUCAUCUUUUAUCAGAAAUCAUACUGGUUGAUGAUGCAAGUGAAAGAGAUUUCUUGAAAACAACAUUAGAAAACUAUGUGAAACGUUUGGAAGUACCAGUGAAAAUCCUUCGGAUGAAACAAAGAUCGGGACUUAUUCGUGCACGUCUAAGAGGUGCAAAUAUUGCAAAGGGUCAGGUGAUAACUUUCCUAGAUGCUCAUUGUGAGUGUACAAUUGGCUGGUUGGAGCCUCUGCUAGGAAGAAUAAAAGAACAAAGAAAAGCAGUUGUUUGCCCUAUAAUUGAUGUAAUAAGUGAUGACACGUUUGAGUACAUGGCUGGUUCAGACAUGACAUAUGGUGGAUUUAAUUGGAAAUUGAAUUUCCGCUGGUAUCCUGUUCCUCAGAGAGAAAUGGACAGGAGAAAAGGAGACAGAACGUUACCAGUAAGGACACCUACAAUGGCAGGAGGACUCUUCUCAAUUGAUAAAAGCUACUUUGAAGAGCUAGGAACUUAUGAUUCAGGAAUGGAUAUAUGGGGUGGAGAAAAUCUAGAAAUGUCAUUUAGGAUUUGGCAAUGUGGAGGAUCACUUGAAAUUGUUACCUGUUCUCAUGUGGGCCAUGUGUUUCGGAAGGCAACUCCUUAUACAUUCCCAGGUGGGACUGGUCAUGUCAUCAACAAAAACAACAGAAGGCUAGCAGAAGUAUGGAUGGAUGACUUUAAAGAUUUCUUUUAUAUCAUAUCUCCAGGUGUCGUCAAAGUGGACUAUGGAGACAUUUCAGACAGAAAAGCACUGAGAGAAAAACUUAAGUGUAAACCUUUUUCUUGGUAUUUGGAAAACAUAUAUCCAGACUCCCAGAUUCCCAGACGUUACUACUCACUUGGUGAGAUUCGAAAUGUUGAAACUAAUCAGUGUCUGGAUAAUAUGGGUCGAAAAGAAAAUGAAAAAGUUGGCAUAUUCAACUGUCAUGGAAUGGGUGGCAAUCAGGUAUUUUCAUACACAGCUGAUAAGGAGAUUCGAACUGAUGAUUUAUGUAUGGAUGUAUCAAGACUGAAUGGCCCGGUGCUAAUGCUGAAAUGCCACCACAUGAGAGGCAACCAGUUAUGGGAAUAUGAUGCUGAGCGUUUUGUAUUGAGACAUAUAAACAGUAACCAGUGUUUGGAUGAACCAAAUGAUGAAGAUAAAAUGGUUCCCACUAUGAAAGACUGCAAUGGAAGUCGGUCCCAGCAGUGGCUGCUACGCAACAUGACUUUGGGUGCUUAAUGUUAUAUUAAAUUUAACUAACUGUCCCCAAUACUUUGCAGUGUCUGAGGACCUCAAUUAUCAGUUAUAUGAACGCUUCAUGGAAUAUAACACCUCCUUAAUUCUCAAUGGCAUAACAUAAUUGUGGAUUUUUUUAUGCUCAAGCUGAGAGUACAUUAAUAGAAGACUUUCCAAUUUUUUUCCUAAGCAACACAUGACUCUACAUGUUUAACUGAAAAUGGUGUCAUCGGGAAAAAAAAAGCACACUGGAUGCUGUAAAUAGCAUUACAUGCUAGAAAAAGUUGGCUAAAAGCUAUAUAAUAUUUGUCACAGAU